CCACCCCCUGUCCCGCGUGUGGUGGUGCCCGCAGCGUCCAACCCCAGGCCAGCAAGCUCGGAGCUCUCUCUCUUGUUGAGCGAAACAUGCAGCACGAGCAUGAGCAGCAUCAAAUACCAUAUUACCUUACCCUUGCCAAAUGUUUCCCCCGUGUCUCCCCUGCCAGACUGAGCAUCGUGCCAAACACCACAAACAAAAAGCCCCGACGAGGCAGAACCACACCGCUGCUGCACCGGCACCUCCACCAGAGGCAUAGGACAACUCGGCGCAGCACGACAGUGUCUCGGGCACGGUUUCUGGGCUCUAUGGGGGACCUCAGGGCCAAACUACGCGCCAAGUUCCCACGACGACACUCGGGCGUCCCAUCGCUCGUCUCGGACCAGAGCACCAAAAGCAACAAGAGCAACAGCAGCAACAAGAGCGAGAGCCGCCCCGAGUCGGAAUGCACGGCCAAGGGCUUUGAACAGCCUCCCGCUUCCCCCGCCGCCGCGGCUGCUGACCACGGCCACGAGGACAGCAGCCACGGGGGAAGCGGGCUACAAACCGGCGUGUCCGUGCCAGCAGCCGGCAUCGAGGAAACACAAGCGAGAGACAAGCAGCUCCUGAGACACGGCGAACCAGGAAAACAAGAGACAGAAGAAGACACAAAAACAUCCACCGACGUCAGCGAUGCUCGUGCUGUUGUUGAUACCACUGUCGCUGCUGCUUCUCCAGCGGCUUCUCCGGCGACCUCUCCACUGCGCGCCGCCAGAACCAGAAGAGCCGCGGGCAGUGGAUUCACAGGCGGGAACACGGCUAAGAAUUCCACUAACGAUUCCUCCCCACGGACCAUCCAAGCAAUGCCUAUCCUGCUGACCCCUGCCGCCACCCUGGAUUCUCUUGCCGACACCGACCACACUCACGACGUCAGCGACACCGACCGACGCAUUUCGACCGCCAGUCGACUCUCAGCGCUUUCCAGCAUCAACGAGAGCACCGCCGACGACGAGAGCAGGCCUACCUCGGCGUACUACACCACCUCCAAACCCACCACCUCCGACCCGAUUGACCCGGCGACAGCCACACCACAACAAACAAGCGAGUUGGCAAAUUCGGCUUCGCAAGCGCAGCGACGACCCGCUGUCAGGUCAGCGCCCUCGCAGGGACGACAAAGCUCGCUGCCGAGUCGCCAGAACACACUCAUACGCACACUUCUAAGCACAACUCAUGCCGAUGACCUCGACCUCGCCGCCGCUAGCGAACAAUUGUUGCCAUUCGGUGCAACCAUGGUGACGCGCAAGAUCUGGGUGAGGCGGCCGGGAGGGUCAGCCACCAUGGUGACGAUCAACGAGGACGAUUUGGUGGACGACGUGCGAGACAUGAUCUUGAGAAAGUAUGCCAACUCACUAGGUCGCCAGUUCGAUGCUCCCGAUUUGGCUCUGAGGAUCAUCCCGCGGGAACCCCAACGGCAGGAACGCAAUUUGGGACCUGAAGAACACAUGGCACGCACUCUGGAUGCGUACUUUCCUGGUGGGCAGUCAGUUGACGAGGCCCUCGUCAUUGACGUCCCGAUCCCCCCACGUCGGACGCCGAGAGCUUCCCCUCGUACAGGACCCCCACACGCACAGCAUUUGACAUCCGCCUUCUUUGACGACAACCGACCGGCAGAAUCCGGCACAGACUACUUCGGCCCCGGAGCUGUUGGGCAGGGUCCAGUUACCGUAGCCGCUCCAGUCACGAACGGGACCAUACACGCGCAUUCCAUGUCGGUGGUCAAUACGGGACAGGUGCCUCCCAUUCCCUCUCCCGGAGGCACUUGGUCUAGGACGUACAAAGAGAGGCCAGACCGGCCACGACUAGGGAGACAGCACACUUCGUCGCCAACAAUUCUUAAUGUUAUCGGCGCCGGCGGCCACGCUGCCGCCAUCGCUGCUGCCGCACCCCACGGUACGCUACCACAUGCCAAAAUUCCACGUACUAGGACUCAUUCCAAUGCUUCUUCAGACCAAUCGGGUGGCGGAACCCUCCCUCUCACCACCACAACGGCACCAGUUCCUCCCCCGCUGCCCACGCCACCUGCCCCCGCAGCAACAACUCCAGUCCCUCCAGCACCAGCACCAGCACCAGCACCAGCAUCAGCAUCAGCACCAGCACCAGCACCAGCACCAGCACCAGCACCAGCACCAGCAGCCACACCACCACCCAGGGCAGCGUCUCCCAGAAUUUCGGCCGUCGCCCGGCCGAAAAAGAAGAAGGCUACCGACACGCCUUCUCUGCCGGCUGGAAUCAUGCUCAAUGACGGGGUGCCACCCAUCAACGUUCUGAUUGUCGAAGACAACAUUAUCAAUCUUCGGCUGCUCGAAGCGUUUGUGAAGCGGCUCAAGGUGCGGUGGCAGACCGCUAUGGACGGUCGUGAGGCCGUGACCAAGUGGAGAAAAGGUGGCUUUCAUCUUGUGCUCAUGGAUAUUCAGCUCCCCAUCAUGAGCGGCCUGGAGGCCACGAGGGAGAUUCGGCGUUUGGAGAGGGUCAACUCGAUCGGUGCUUUCUCAUCCAUGCCCACCGGGACCGUCAGUAGAAAGAACGCCGGCAAUAGAAACGAUGAGAAAACCAAAGCCGAGGAGGCCACGACAGCCUCGGAGAAGGAGCCCGAAACGAACGGAACGACGAAGUCCAAUGAAAAGGCAGAGGGAAAUGCAGAGGAGGAUGUCCUUCCUAAUAGGGCCAUGUUCAAGAGUCCUGUGAUUAUCGUGGCUUUGACGGCCAGUUCGUUGCAGAGUGAUCGGCACGAAGCUUUGGCGGCUGGUUGCAACGAUUUCCUAACAAAGCCCGUCAGCUAUGUGUGGCUUCAAAACAAGCUGAAGGAGUGGGGGUGUAUGAUCAGUCUGAUCGACUUUGACGGCUGGAGAAAGUGGAAGAAUUCAGCGGCCAACUCGGAGAAUGAGGCAGCCAAGAGGUGGGCUAAAAAGAAGGAAAAGUCGGAGGAGAAGGCGGUUACGAAGGGUUAG